GUUCAUUUCUGUGUUUUCUUGCGACGGCACACACUCGUUUGGGACUAUGGCCACGACGUCGAGCGGCUCACUCCCCAGCGGCUGCGGGGUUUUCACUACUGUUCCCGACGUCUUCUUCAUUCCGGAGUUUGUCUUUGGGGGUCUGGUGUGGAUUCUGGUUGCCUCUACGAGGGUGCUCAUGGAUAACCCCCAAGGCUGGGUGAUGUUUGUGUCCGUCUUCUGUUUCUUCUUCACCACUUUGUUGUUCCUCCUCUACGUCAGCGGAGUCAACCAGAAGAGCAGUGUGUGGCUAACGCUGGAUGUGGCCUAUCACGCCCUGGCUGCCUUCUUCUACCUCAGCGCCUCUGUGGCUCUCGCUAAUGUAACCAUCAGAUUACAGAACGAUUCUGUCAACUUUAAGUCCUACCAGGAAGACAUUGCUGCCGUGGUCAUGUCAUAUGUCGCGACGCUGUUCUACGCCCUACAUGCUGUGUUCUCUGCCAAACGAUGGAAGUCUUCCUGAAACGCGCCGAAGGACCGGACACUCGACUCAGGAUUUGCCUACUUUUGGACAUUUUGGACUGCGAGUCCCCCGUACGCAUGUCUCUUUCGUGAUUUUGCACCAACCAGCUGACUGCUUAUUUGCUCUGUUAAUUGCUCUGUGAUCUUAAAAUACUGUUAAAUAAUAUCUUUUCAAUGUCAACAUUGUGAUCUUAAAUACUGUUUUCUACUUUACUGUAUGUAUAUUUCGGGAGAGACAUUCAAACACUGGUUUUUAAUAUGAUAUAUGUAAUUCAUAAUAGGCUGAUGAUGAGUAAAAAUGAGAAAUGAACCUGUGAUGGCA